AUGAUUUUUUUUACAAUAAAUGUAAAUGUGGGCAUUUAUACUUACAUGUUUAUUAAUAAAAAUCUACUUAAAUUGUCGAAAUUUAAUAGUUAUUUAGUUAUUCAUUACUCAAAAGCAUCCUUUACUCAGAAAAUCGCUAUUUAUAUUCUAGGAUUUACUCCGGCUUCUCCUGUGAUCCUUUGUAUUCAGCAGUCAGUAGUAAAAGCAGUUUUAAUCGCCUAG